AUAAAAGUCACUGGCUCACCGUACAGCCGUGCGGUAUAGGAACUCUCGUAAUGGUACACUUUAAAAAAAAAUUGUGAACUUUCAUCUAACACCUUACAUCUAAUCUAACGUACAAUAGUAUUUGUCCACCUGUAAAAUACCUGCAAAAUAACACAAUUAAGAAUUCUCUCUAACAUAAUCAAAUGCAUAAAAUAUAAAAAAGAGAAAAGUGUCAAAUAAGCUCUCUACUACUACAAAAAUGUCAACUAAGGACACGAACCCAAAUAACACCCAAUUAGACCUACAAACACGUAAAAAAAAAAUCAAAUUGGCUUUUUAGCCUGUAACAUUCCGGUUCCAAGUAAAAACAUAUGACGUGGCAUUUAAUUUUUGUAUUUUCUCCUUUUUCUUUUUGCUUUUCCUUUUCUUUCUUUGUUUUCCUUCUUUCUCUCAUUCUUCCCCCAUUCCCUUUUCUUCUCCAGCCAUACUCCCCCUCUCCUGCGCCUCUUUCUUUCCCUUCUUUCCCUUUCUUUCUUUCAUUCUUUAUUUUACAAUCACCAAUAUGUCCGCCCGUUGGAUCCCAAUGCCGGUCUUCUUCCACGGUCAACCUCCGGCGAAACCAUAGAAAUCGGUCCGAGCUCCGGUCGUCUUCUCCGGCCAAUUUCCGGCAAAGAGAGUGCCUGCCUCUUCACCAAACUCUGCCCUCCUCUCUUACCAAUGUUCCGUCACAUGAUGUGCCGAUCUUCUCCAUCAAUUUGUUCUUUUAUACAUUGUUCUAAUUUUUUUUGUGUAUCCAUGGAUAGGAAGGGUAUGUGACGUAUGUCAAAACCCAAAAAAUAAAGAAAAGUGAGAAACUGGGAGUAGCUUGGAGUUGUGAUUAAGCAAAAGUGGAAGUGAUUAAAAAUGAAAGAAAAUGAACUCAGGGAACGGGAGGGAGUAGCAGGGCAAAGAAAGAGUCAACGACAGAAGAGGGGAAGGAAGGAGAAAAGAAACAAAAG